AUGAAGCUGCUCUCGUCGAAGGGCCUAAGCGAUCAACACCAGUCGCCCUCGAUAUCCGCUGAUUUCACCAAACCAGGCUCAGCCCCGGGGCACAAGACUCCAGUGUCUCGUGAUAUUGAACGUUCCGUCGUGGCUGGUGAAUUGCUCUACAAUGCGGAGGUCUACGGGAGUCUGCGCAAAGGAGGCGCCGUCAGGUUUUUCUCCAAGGACUGCAUCGGCCUCGUGGCGGCCACGUUUGCGACGACAUUUGCGAUUGAAAGCCUCACGUGCGCGAUCGAGCCCAUGCUAACGGUGCAGUUUGGACUCAAGACGCGCGAGCUGGCGGCCUCAAAACGACUUACGACAUUCCCCAUGACGCUGUGCUUCUUCUUCGGUUUACUAUCGGACAGCUACCCGAUCUUCGGACUACGACGACUGGGUUACUUGCUGAUCGGUUUGGGGACGACUGUCAUGAGCUUGUUGGUUCUCGCCAUUUUGGACGGGUACGUGGAGGCAUUAGACGAUCCAACUGCAGAAUCAGGCUUGGCUAUUGCGAUCAUCGUGUUUGCGACGCUGGCGAGUACUGGAAACGCGCUGGCCUACGUGUGUGUCCACACUCGAGUGAUGGAGCUGUCGCAGCGCGAACCGCUGGGCAUGCGUGGAGCUAUUCAAGCGAACUACUUGGCCUUCCAGUACGGCGUGUACAUCCUCACGGACGCAUGUGCGACCAUUAUCUUCAGCUUUACGUCUCACCACUGCACGGCGCUGCUUAUAUUCGCGCUUGUGAUUGCAGCCUUGAUCCCGCUGAUCUGGAAGUCGUGGCAGGAGAAAUGCUACUCGUUGUCGACACCGGUGUCUGCUCGGGCCCAGAUAUUGUGGAAGAUCAUGCAGCAGAAGGCAGCGUGGAGCAUAAUGGCAUUCUUGUGCAUCUUCACGUUCUUCACGGAUAUCAAGUUCAACGGGCCGGCUUUCGUCAUCAGCGUUUGGGCGGGCGCGAGUGCCGACAACGCGUUCUUGCAGCAAGUGAUGUACUACGGCACGAUGUUGAUAACGGUGGUGGUUUGGCGAUACUACUUCAUGAACCGACCGUGGCGCUCGUUCUACUCCAUGGCCGUCGUAUUUCUCGUCAUCCCGCAGAUGAUCGUGGCGAUCUGCGUAACGCAAGAUAUUCUCCGAGACCGGUACUUCUACCGCAUCAUGACGCUCUUCAACAGCGCCUCGAUCGGCAUCAACUUGCUGAGCAAUAUGGUCCCGCUCACAGAAAUUCUCCAGGAAGGCUCGGAGGGGGCCAUGGUGGGGCUCAUUGUGUCGGUCCACUCUCUGGUCUGUACAUUCGUGCAGACGAACACCUCUGGUCUGUUCGAUGGCUCCAACUUCUACAACAUCGCAGAAGUCACAAUGGACACCGCGGACGCAAGAUCGGAUGUACUCCGAGCGAUGCUGCUCAACUACGGCAUCAACACUUUGGCUUUCUUUGGAAUUCCCUUCCUGCCUCGGCAAAAGCUCUAUACCCAGCAGCUAAGAAGCUACGGUGGAUACACAAAGUGCACCAGCGCUGCCAUCGUCGCCUUCGCUCUGAUACUAUUCGUCUAUUCGUUGACUGUCACCGCGCUUACGUUGAUCCCGUCGACCUCCUGUAUGCCUAUCGCUGGAGGUCAGGGAUGCUAG